AUGGCUGAGUUAGAUCGCAUUCCUCCUUCAACCACAGCAUACGUGAUAGCUACAGCUAUCGUCGCUGGCAUCACCGGUUACUUUAUUGGACAGGGCGCCUCAUUGGGACUAUUUUCCUCGGCCAAAGAGAAGGAAGGCUGGCCCAACAGCUACAAUGUGAAGGUCCCGCAGCAUUCCUCCGACGAAGAGGAUGAAGACUACGAAGACUACGAAGAUGAUAGCGAGGAGGAAGGCGAUGGAGGCGAGCUGGCAAAUUUCGACAAUAACACCGAGGAAGUGAAGCUUGUGCUCGUUGUGAGGACGGAUCUGGGCAUGACCAAGGGUAAAUCCUUCCAUUGUGCUCCCCUGCCUAGGCUGGUUUUCAAGAUUCAGCGCUGCUCGCAUGCAACGCUCGCCUGCUACAAAUACCUCAUUGCGCAUAACCCGCAAUCACCUAUCCUGCGGAGAUGGGAACGACAGGGACAAGCGAAGAUCGCCUUGCAGACAAAGUCCGAGGAGGAAUUACAGUUGCUGCAAGCGCAGGCGAUCAGCUUGGGUCUCUGCGCUCGCGUGAUCCAGGAUGCUGGACGGACACAGAUCGCCAGCGGAAGCAGGACGGUACUCGGAGUUUUGGGGCCCAGAAGCGUGGUGGAUCAAGUAACAGGACAUCUGAAGCUUUUGUAA